GAAUAUGGGCGCUCGCCUAUCUCGCUCUCAAUGACUCUCGAAACUGGUGCGCCCACAUUCCUCGAAGGCACGCACAGCGCAACCCACGACGUAAACUCUCCCACCGCGCUCUCGUUCACUAUCUACUGCCGUAAAACUACCCACCAGUGUUUCGCUCUGAUUCUAACCACGUCCCUCGGUUCUCCUCUGCGUUCGACGAUAAAAUACCCAUCUUGUCAGCGAUCUGCUGUGACGACAUUUCUUGGUAGUCUCGAGUCGUCUGCGGCACCAUCGGGAACGCCAGUCGAGGAAAACGUCCCGCAUAAUGCGAAGCAUAUCCGCUCGGCAUACCUGCGGAAAUGCAGUGGGGAUUUCUCAGAACGCACAGUAUAAAGCAACCGUGGGCAAAGUUCCGAGAAGGUUCACCACGUUUGCGACCUUUACGGAUGUCCUGUGGAAUCGUGUGCCCGAGGCGUGAGAAGACCAUGUCAUACAAUUGUCACAGGUAAUAAUAAGAUGCGACAGAAUUGCGAACUGCGAGUCGCGAGCCAGGAGAGGCCAUCGAGCCAUUUAAUACUUGGGAAAAUAAUCCGGCCGCGCUGAGGUCUCGGUAGUCACGAAAUUCCCACGUGCGCUCGCUGCUUUCUAUCUCUCCGAAAAGUGGCGUGGAUAUUUUUUGGUAUAAUGUAGAGACAUGUUAAAAAAAAUUAGGAAAUACAGAUAAAUCCUUGAAACUGUAUAAAUUUCAAAGUACCAGCUCGCUCGUGCAUUCCUCUCUCACGAAUUUCCAUUAAAAAAUGUUGAAAUUUGUCAGAAGCGAGAUUCGAACCCACGCUCACAGAAGUGGACUACGACCUGUAUGAGCACAGCGCUCGGUUAUUCUGAUUAGAAAUUAUAAAAUUAUUAACACAUGUGUGACGCACUAGUUUCGCACUAUAGAUUCAUCUUUACUCAAAAUUUUCAAUUUUACUUAACAUAUUCUCUACUAACGUCACAUGACAACAAUAUUUUUCUUUGUAUAUCCGCAAACGAGCCAAAUCUGUUUUACGCGAUUACAUGAAAGCAAACGUAACGUGUGUAGUCUGUGGAGAGAGAAUCCCUCCAAAUAAACCACAGUCCAAAUACACGAUUCUCAUGUUCUAACGAACAAUAAAUAAUUGUAACAUUAAUGUGACAGAGAAUCAUAAGAAAACAUAGAUUAAAAGGAUAGGUUGCAUGUCGUUAAUUUUACGGUAAUUUAUUGAUUUUUAGAACGAAAGGAAAGUAUCGGGACUAUUUCACAGAUUUGCCCGAUCGAUUGUAAAUGUUACUUUACUAUAUCUUUUCUAUUUCAACGUACUUUGCAAGAAUUUUUCGCAUAUUUACUCACUUUUGACGUCGUCAGUCAAGAGUUAUAACAGCAGUAAUUAUUUUUCGAAAAUAUUCGAAUAAUAAUCGUGACGAAUGUCACGACACUGUGGACGAUCUAUACGAUUGUCAAUUAUAUCAGAAAGAUCGCUCUCGCGGUGUCUCACGUUCUUCCCGCUGAGACAAUAAUUCUGACUGACGCUAAGGAAAGAAUAACGAGCGACGGUGAUGAGAACAUUCUCGCCCCGAUACGGGUUACAAUAAUAACU